AUGGGAAAGUCAACACUUAUCAGCCAGCACCAAAGCAGUGCUCGCAGUAAUUGCGCAAAGUUUUGUACAAACGGCGGGUCUGCGGAUCUGCGGAUGGGGAUUUGCGGGAAUCUUACAAGCGCCACGACGUCACAGAAACGUAUGGCACGCCUAUCAACCAAAUCUAUAGCGGGGGAAAUUGGCAGAAAAUUCGAUGGGGAUCGUGAUCACCCAGUACCCAUACCCCCACAUGGGGCCGUUCCACCUAGCAAGAAAUUCUUUAGAGGACCUUACGAUCAACUUCCUUGGGCGGAAAGACGAUCAAGGAUGAUUGAUGCUCUUCUUUCUCUUGGGGAUUUAGACAUUGUUGCAUUCCAAGAAGUAUACAAAAACCAAUUGGACGACAUACAAACCCUCCUGGGACCUGAAUACUCACACGUGGGAGUCGGGAGAGACGAUGGUAUUGAAGCUGGUGAAUAUAGUCCUAUAUUCUAUGAUUCAACCCGAUUCGUAUUAUUGAAAUGGACAACGAAAUGGUUAUCGCCAACACCUGAUAGACCUUCAAAAGGCUGGGAUGCGAAUUUACCUAGAAUCAUGACACUUCUCAGUCUCAAAGACAAAUCUGGGGAGAUAGUACAUGUCGUCAAUACUCAUUGGGACGAUCUAGGAAUUAGGGCCAGAGCUGAAAGUGGUUUGAUGAUGAGACAAGAGAUAUGGAGAUGGGUGAGGGGUAUAGAAGAGAAUGAACAAAUUGGAAGAGGGGUUGUUAUCUUACUUGGAGAUCUCAAUUCUCCUCCUGAAGAAGAAGGCUAUAAAAACCUCACUUCAACCCACGGCAUACCCGGUCAAUCAACAUUCACUUUCCUAGAUACUCACUCUCACAUCAGAACCAGACCCAACGGAAGACAAAGCAAUCCUUAUGGACCUUUACAUACCUAUACAGGAUUCAGCAGGACGGAACGUACGAAAAGGAUUGAUUUCAUUUUUCUCGCUUCUGAUCAAGAUCUUCCCGCUUUCCCUCCAGUCCCGCUCCAAGAGCAUGUUACGAUAGACGAUGGAGAGAAGUCUUCAGACAAGGUGAUUUCGGUAAGAGAAGAGGGGAGAUCAACCUCACAACAAGUGAUAUCGACAGGGAAAACAAGAAUUAGAGGAGGUUAUCAGAUUGACACGUAUGCGGUCAUAGAUAACUUUGUGGAUGGUGAUGUUACAGGUUGGAGGGGAUUAUGGAGUGAUCAUCGUGCUGUUCGAGUGACCAUAAGUUUUUGA